AUGGCUACUAUAAUGCAGCAGAACACACAGAAUAUCAAUACUAUUGCUGAUACUGUUACCCGUAAUAUGGCAUCACUUCUCCUUGCACGUUUUCCUCUCAAUACAGGUUUGAAUGGAAACAAUGGUAACAUUGGUACGCCUGGAAGUAGUGGUUCUGGUGGCACCAAUGGUAUGCCUGGAAGUAGUGGUUCUGGUGGCAACAAUGGUAUAUUAGGUUCUCCUAUACCUAAUAAUUUGAAGUGGGUUCAUAACAAGCUAACUAAUCCUACAUGGCUACACUUUUGUUCACUUGUUCGUGAGCGUUUUGCUGAUAAGAAAUUUUCUAAUCCACGUUUGGCGCUGUCAACAAUUUCUCAGCAAGGUUCAGUACGUGAUCAUAUUCGAGAAUUUGAACAACUUAUUAAUUUUGUUACUGACGUGCCAGACGAUUAUAUCAUUGAUAUCUUUAUAAGAUCUAUUAAAAAGGAAAUUCGAUAUGUUGUUGAGGUAUUUGAACCACCAACGUUAGCUGCAGCUUUUAUGAAAUCCAUAAAACAAGAAGAUGUGUUACUUUCACACUCUUCUUUUUACAAAUCUGUUGCGAGAUCAAAUCCAUACAGACAAUCAUCUCAUUCAUCUGGCACUUCAUCUGAUAAUACAGCUAAUGCGCCUUUUAAGAAGACUACAAUUCCCUCUGGAGUUAAACGUCUUUCUUUAGAAGAACAACGACACAGAUGUGAACAAGGUCUUUGUUUCAAUUGUGAAGAACAGUAUAAGGCUGAUCAUAUUUGUGCAAAACCAUUAACUUCUAUAUUAUUAAUUCUAGAGAUGGCUCCUGAAAAAAACUCUGAAGGUGACGAAGAAACAAAAACAUCUGACACAGAAGAGAUGAUUACUCCUGCAGCUGCAAAUCAGAUGCAUUAUGAACCCACAAUUUCGCUUCAUGCUCUUACUGGCUCUUCAUUCCCUAACACUAUGCGUGUCACAGGUUACAUUGCAGGUCAACCACUUACAAUUUUACUUGACUCCGGUUCAACUCACAAUUUCUUACACCCUACAAUAGCUAAGAGAUGUGAUUAUCAGUUCACUACUGAGUUUUUCUUAUUAGAAUUAAGUGGUUGUGAGGCAGUACUUGGAGUGCAAUGGUUAAGAACUCUGGUCACGCACUCACCUGCUUCGGAGGAUAACUCUCAGGUAAACACUGCAGUUUCAGAUUUACUCUUACGUUUUUCUGAUUUGUUUGCUUCACCAACUGAUUUACCACCUCAAAGAGAGCAUGAUCAUCUUCGCAAGAAAGAUGGCUCUUGGCGUAUGUGUGUGGAUUAUAGAGCACUUAAUAAGGCUACUGUCAAAUAUAGAUUUCCAAUUCCAAUUGUCGAUGAACUUCUUGAUGAAUUACAUGGUGCGAUAAUAUUUUCUAAAAUUGAUAUGCGAUCUGGUUAUCAUCAGAUUCGUGUGCAUCCAGAUGAUAUUCAUAAGACAGCUUUUCGAACACAUGAUGGCCAUUACGAAUUUUUGGUAAUGGCAUUUGGAUUAUCCAAUGCUACUGCAACUUUUCAAAGUUUGAUGAAUGAAAUUCUUCGUCCUUAUCUUCGAAAGUUUGUAUUGGUAUUUUUUGAUGAUAUACUUAUUUACAGCAAAUCUGAAUCCGAACAUAUUCAACAUGUGAAAUUGGUGUGUGAAGCUUUGCGUGCACACCAGAUAUUUCUGAAACAGCAAAAGUGUGAAUUUGCUAAGGAGACAAUAAGUUAUUUGGGUCAUAUGGUUUCUUCUGAAGGUGUAUCAGUUGACUCUGAUAAGAUAUAUUGCAUAACAAAUUGGCCUCUUCCAACUACAGUGAAAGCUUUGAGAGGAUUUUUGGGAUUGGAUGGAUAUUAUCGUAAGUUUGUUAAGGAUUAUGGUAAUAUUAGUGCUCCACUUACCCAAUUACUCAAGUUGGAUGCCUUUGUAUGGACUCCUGAAGCGACUACAGCUUUUAACAAGCUCAAAAAGGCUUUAACUAGUACACCCGUUUUAGCACUACCAGAUUUCACAAAAGAAUUCAGUUUGGAAUGUGAUGCAUCUGGUAAUGGUCUUGGAGCAGUGUUAAUACAAGAUAAAAGGCCUAUUGCUUACUAUAGCAAAUCACUUUCAGGUAAGAAUCUUAAUCUUUCAGUUUAUGCCAAGGAAAUGUUGGUUAUAGUCACUGCAGUCAAUAAAUGUCAAUCUUAUCUACUUGGUCGACAUUUUAAAAUAUACAUUGAUCAUAGGAGCCUUAAAUACUUCUUGGAACAGCGUAUCUCUUCAAUGGAACAGCAAAAGUGGCUGUCCAAAUUACUUGGUUAUGAUUAUGAAAUCAUUUAG